GAGUUUCAAUGACCCGGCCCAGUAUAGAUUUGUUUUCUCAGAAAACCAAAGCAAAACGACGACGCUCUACCUGUGAGAGAGAGACACAGAAGGAAGCCCUUGCUCUAGCCACCACUGUAAGGCGACGUCGUAGGGGUGUCUUGCCGCCGCGCCACCAUCUUCUUCAAACUAUAAACACUCACUUUCCCUUACUUGGAACCCUUAAAUUUGGAGACCUAAAACUUCUCAUUUUUCAGUUGUGGGAGUUUUCUUCAAAAGUAGCGGGAGCAAUGGCAUUGGAAGAAGGUAAGGUGAAGAUUGAGAAAUUUGAUGGGAGUGACUUUGGGUUUUGGAAGAUGCAGAUAGAAGACUACCUUUAUCAGAAGAAGUUGUAUCUACCCUUAAGAGGAGAGAAGCCAAAUGACAUGGAACAAUCAGAUUGGGAGUUAUUAGAUCGGCAGGCCCUUGGUGUGAUUCGGCUGACAUUAGCCAAGAAUGUUGCGUUGAACAUCAUGAACAAGAAAACAACUGCAGAUUUGAUGCAGGCGUUAUCAAAUAUGUAUGAGAAGCCCUCUCUAGCCAAUAAAGUGUAUUUGAUUCGCAGACUUGUCAACCUUAAAAUGGAUGAAGGUAACUCUGUUACUCAUCAUAUUAGUAAAUUUAAUACAAUUAUUGCACAGUUGGCAUCAAUGCAAAUAACUUUUGAUGAUGAAAUAAAAGCAUUACUUUUAUCAUCGUCUCUUCCGGAAAGUUGGGAUGCUACUGUUACUAUAGGUAGUAAUCUUGCAAGCAAUAGCAAGUUGAAGUUUGAUAACAUCCUCGACUUGAUCUUAAGCGAAGAUGUUCGUAGGAGAAGUUUAAUGGAAUCUUCCCGUUCUAAUUCUAGUUCAGCAUUGAGUGUUGAGAAUAGAGGAAGAAAUAGCCAGAAAGGAGUUGAAACUUCAGCACAAGCUCAAAAUACACUGCCAAAUGGAGAAGUGAGGGUUAAAUCAGAGCAUUGA